GCCAUCUUUGCAGGAGAGGGAGGCAGCGCAGCCCCUCGCCAUGUCUGUUCCAGCUUCUGCCCAGGGUCCCAGCGGUGCUGCAGGGGCUGCAGGGCCCCCUCCUGCCACCAACGUGUCCAGCAACAAGAGGCUGCAGCAGACACAAGCCCAGGUGGAUGAGGUGGUUGACAUCAUGAGGAUGAACGUGGACAAGGUGCUGGAAAGGGACCAGAAGCUGUCGGAGCUCGACAACCGGGCAGACGCGUUGCAAGCGGGCGCCUCGCAGUUUGAGACCAGUGCAGCCAAACUGAAGAGGAAAUACUGGUGGAAAAAUUGCAAGAUGAUGAUCAUCCUUGGUGUAGUAUGCGCAGUCAUUCUCAUUAUAAUUAUAAUUUAUUUCUCCACUUGAAAGAGCGAAGAAGGAAGACUUGGCACAACUUUGUUCAUAUCAACCGACGGUAUCAGUGUUCCUUUGUUGAACUCCGCUUUUUAAUUCCCGGCGUCUUGGGAUUUUUGCUUGUAAUAACCCAUAAGCAUUC